CCUGUGUUCAAGCUGCAGAGAAGGCAGAGGGACUGCAUUGAGGGACCUGCUAUGAGACAGAGCGUGUGAGUGGAGCUCAUAGACUGUUAAUUGUAACCAAGUAAUGGCAUCUCAAACGCAAAGCAAUGGUGACCAGCUGGCGUCUGGCGCCAGCAAGCUUCAGUUUGUCCCUUUCUCUAGCGCUCUUGAUGCUGGAUUUUGGCAUGAGCUCACGCAGAAAAAACUCAAUGAAUACCGACUCGAUGAAUCAGCCAAGGUCAUCAAAGGUUAUUAUUAUAACGGUGAUCCUGCAGGUCUUCCAACCCGUCUUACCCUGGAAUUCAGUGCCUUUGACGUGAAUGCACCCACACCAGCACGCUGCUGUCCUGCAAUUGGCUGCCUUUACAACACAAAUACUCUGGACUCAUUCAAGUCACAUGAUAAGAAGGCUUUGCUGGACCAAGCAGCUAAUGAGAUAUGGGAUGCAAUAAAGUCUGGAGCAGCUCUUGACGAUCCAGUGCUCCUUAAUAAAUUUCUUCUGUUGACGUUUGCAGACUUAAAGAAGUAUCGUUUUUAUUACUGGUUUUGCUUCCCUGCAUUGUCUCUUCCUGAUGGAAUAGAAUUGGUAAAGAACCCAGUAACAUUGGAUGAAAGAUAUUCUAAUGAACAGGUGCUGGAUUUUCAGAAAGCCUAUGAUGACCUGUGUCACCGUGAAGGAGACACUCCGCAGCCUUAUUUCCUAAUUCGCUACACGGAGAAUUCCUUUUCUAUGUCUCCACUGCGUCAGUUCAACCAGUUCUGUAAAGAAAAGGAAAAGGUCAUCCUUGGAGUUUGCGAUCCGUGCACCUUAACACAGUAUCCUGGAUGGCCAUUGAGGAAUAUUUUAGCACUGGUUGCUUAUCACUGGGGCAGCCACCUACAGUCCAUUGAAGUCAUCUGUCUUCGAGACCGAACUCUGCAAGGGGAAAGGGACAUAAAGCACAGUAUUAGCUUUGAAAUUAAAGUGCCCAAAGUGACACAAAAUGAAGUUUGCCCGAAAGCGGUUGGUUGGGAGAAAAAUCAGAAAGGUGGCAUGGGCCCCAGAAUGGUGGAUCUUAGUGAAUGCAUGGAUCCCAGGAGGUUAGCAGAAUCGUCUGUGGAUCUAAAUCUAAAGUUGAUGCGUUGGCGACUAGUGCCUACUUUGGACCUGGAGAAGGUCAUUUCCUCCAAGUGCUUGUUACUGGGAGCAGGCACAUUGGGGUGUAAUGUGGCCCGGACGUUAAUGGGAUGGGGUGUUAGACACAUAACAUUUGUGGAUAAUGCCAAAAUCUCCUACUCAAACCCUGUACGGCAGCCACUCUAUGAGUUUGAAGACUGUCUUGGAGGUGGAAAAUCAAAGGCUUUGGCAGCAGCGGAGAAACUUCAGAAGAUUUUCCCUGGUGUGACCUCUCAGGGAUUUAACUUGAGCAUACCAAUGCCAGGUCACCCUGUGAACUUCUCGGAUGAGACAACGAAUCAGGCAUCUAGAGACGUGGAGAAGCUGGAGGCUCUCAUCGCUGAACACAAUGUUAUAUUUCUUCUAAUGGACACUCGGGAGAGUCGCUGGUUGCCCACUGUCAUUGCAGCAAGUAAGAAGAAGUUAGUCAUCAAUGCGGCUCUGGGCUUUGACACCUUUGUGGUAAUGAGACAUGGCCUGAAGAGAGGGACGCAGGAGGAAGCUGGUGAUUCACACUCUGAUUUCCUGGGGUCUUCUCUGUUCUCCAACAUCCCCGGAUACAAGCUUGGCUGUUAUUUCUGUAAUGAUGUGGUGGCUCCAGGGGAUUCUACUAGAGAUCGAACUCUCGAUCAGCAGUGCACUGUCAGCCGGCCAGGACUAUCCAUGAUUGCUGGAGCUUUGGCAGUGGAACUCAUGGUGUCUGUCUUGCAGCAUCCUGAGGGAGGGUAUGCUGUGGCAAGUAGCAGUGACGAUAGAAUGAAUGAGCCUCCCACCUCUUUAGGUUUAGUACCACACCAGAUUAGAGGAUUUUUGUCAAGGUUUGACAAUGUUUUGCCAGUCAGCCUCGCAUUUGACAAGUGCACAGCCUGUUCUCCAAAGGUGAUUGAUCAGUAUGAAAAAGAAAAAUUCGACUUCUUGGCUAAUGUUUUCAACUCUUCACAUUCCUUCCUUGAAGAUUUAACGGGUCUUACUUUGCUCCACCAAGAGACACAGGCUGCAGAGAUCUGGGACCUGAGUGAUGACGAAGUGAUAUAAAUGGAUCGAUUCCACCUUCCUGUCUAUUUUUUCCAGGCUGCAAAUAAAUACAGUAUGCUCUUUGUCUCUCUCUAUUAAAUCUUAUAUAAUGAUCUUACCCUGGAUGAAAUUCUGCUUUUUAUUGCUGCACACUAAAUCGUUAAAUUCAUUUGGAGUCUGAUAUUAAUUCCCAGAUACCAUCUCUUUCUGAAGAUGAAAGAUGGCCUUUGAUGUUUCCCUGUAAAUAUAUACCUGUAAAAUAAAAUGAUCUAAGAUUCA